AGGGCAUUUAUCUCUCGCUAUUUCUUUGCUUUCCGGUCCAACCCGUCGCUCGUCUUCCUCCUCGAGCGAGCGCCGCCACCCCCAACCCGCUGCCGAGCGCCCCAGCCCUCUCGCUCCGUCGCUCGUCUUCCUCCUCGCGCGAGCGCCUCCACCGCAGGGCUGAUUCUCGCGUAGUGAUCCAAGAUGUAUCUCCAGUACUACAUCAACGAGAAGGGUGUCAAGGUGUACACCACCAAGAAGGAAUCCCCUCUUGGUGUGCCGACGCAGUCUGCCCACCCAGCUCGCUUCUCUCCGGAUGACAAGUAUGCCCGCCAGAGGUACCUGUUGAAGAAGAGAUUCGGUUUGCUGCCGACCCAACAGCCAGCCCAAAAGUACUGAAGGAAUUGUUGGUUGGAUCCUCGGAGAUGCGUUUACUUCGCUGAAUGUUGUAGUGUAGAUUAGGCAAUUGGCGACGUAAAGAGAGUCAUUACCUCUACUUUCUUACCUUGCUUGUUAUCUCAGUAACUCGUUCUUGCUAUGUAAUAGUACAAUGCUAUCGGGGGAUCGUACUCGUUCAUACAAUGUACUCCGUAUGUGGACGAAUCAUUUGGGCGUCUUGCUUUGCUGUGCGCGCUAUAUUUGCAUGAUUUGCUACCCAAUCUUCAAUA